GAGGGGGAGAGGAGAGAGCGUGAGAUUAGCCUUUUGAAUUUCUCCAAAAAUUUAGAAUCUCGUGUUUGCCAGCUUCCCUUCUUCAACGCAAUCAUCGCCCCCCACUUCUCCCAUCCUCUCAAACCCUGUAAUCUUACAUCUAAAUCAUUUUUCAUAACCUACCUCUUCUUCCAUUCCCAACGAAAUGGCUGCCGCCCCUUCUUCCCGCGAGGAAUUCGUUUACAUGGCCAAGCUAUCCGAGCAAGCCGAACGCUACGACGAAAUGGUCGAGUUCAUGGAGAAGGUCUCCCUCUCCGCCGACAACGAGGAGCUCAGCGUCGAGGAACGGAACCUCCUUUCCGUCGCUUACAAGAACGUGAUCGGCGCACGCCGUGCUUCGUGGCGGAUCGUUUCCUCCAUUGAGCAGAAAGAGGAGAGCCGUGGUAACGAGGAUCACGUGGCUGUCAUCCGUGAUUAUCGGGCCAAGAUAGAGGCCGAGCUUUCCUCCAUCUGUGGCGGGAUCUUGAAGCUGCUUGACUCCAGGCUCAUCCCUUCGGCUUCCGCUAAAGACUCCAAGGUCUUUUAUCUCAAGAUGAAGGGUGAUUAUCAUAGGUAUUUGGCUGAGUUCAAGACUGGAGCCGAACGUAAGGAAGCUGCUGAGAGUACUCUCACUGCUUACAAAUCUGCUCAGGACAUUGCCAGCGCCGAUUUGGCUCCAACUCACCCGAUCCGGCUCGGAUUGGCACUCAAUUUCUCUGUUUUCUACUACGAAAUUCUCAACUCUCCUGAUCGCGCUUGCAAUCUUGCAAAACAGGCAUUUGAUGAAGCAAUCGCUGAGUUGGACACCUUAGGCGAGGAAUCAUACAAAGAUAGCACCCUCAUCAUGCAACUCCUCCGCGACAAUCUCACUCUCUGGACCUCCGAUUUGCAGGAAGACGCAGCUGAUGAGAUUAAAGAAGCAGCGAAGCAAGAGGAUGUGCAGCAAAAGCAACCGGAACAGUCAAACCAGCAGUGAGAAUCUGCUCAGCUGGGCUCUCAUUCUGUUCUUACAAAUAUUUAAUCACCAAUUUAAGGGUUUCAAAUCUUUUUGUACGUUCUUCUGUAGGAGAAGAUUCUCUCCCCUUACGUUCAUCCGUGUAC